UUUUAAUUGUUUUUCUUCUUCUUGCAGAUGUUCUGGAAGGCUACAAUGGCACGAUCUUUGCUUAUGGACAGACAUCAUCAGGAAAAACGCAUACUAUGGAGGGGAAGCUGCAUGACCCUCAGCUCAUGGGAAUCAUUCCAAGAAUUGCACAUGACAUCUUUGAUCACAUCUAUUCCAUGGAUGAAAACCUGGAGUUUCAUAUAAAGGUUUCCUACUUUGAGAUAUAUUUGGACAAAAUAAGGGACCUACUUGAUGUGUCAAAGACAAACCUCGCUGUACAUGAAGAUAAAAACAGAGUCCCAUAUGUUAAGGGUUGUACAGAAAGAUUUGUAUCUAGUCCUGAAGAAGUUUUGGAUGUCAUUGAUGAAGGGAAAGCUAACCGUCAUGUAGCCGUUACGAAUAUGAAUGAACACAGCUCUAGGAGCCACAGUAUCUUCCUCAUUAAUAUUAAACAAGAGAAUGUGGAAACUGAGAAGAAACUCAGUGGAAAGCUUUACCUGGUAGACUUGGCUGGAAGCGAGAAGGUCAGCAAAACUGGAGCGGAGGGCGCUGUUCUUGAUGAAGCUAAAAAUAUCAAUAAGUCUUUGUCCGCUUUAGGCAAUGUGAUAUCUGCCUUGGCAGAAGGAACUAAAACCCAUGUUCCAUACCGAGACAGCAAAAUGACCCGAAUACUUCAGGAUUCCCUGGGUGGGAACUGCAGAACCACCAUCGUGAUAUGCUGUUCUCCUUCUGUGUUCAAUGAAGCAGAAACAAAGUCAACCCUGAUGUUUGGACAGCGAGCUAAGACGAUUAAGAACACGGUCUCUGUGAAUCUGGAGCUGACUGCGGAGGAGUGGAAGAAAAAGUACGAGAAGGAGAAAGACAAAAACAAGAGUCUAAAGAAUGUUAUCCAGCAUCUGGAGCUGGAACUGAACAGGUGGAGAAAUGGAGAAGCUGUGCCCGAAGAUGAACAGAUCAGUGCAAAGGACCAGAAGAACCUGGAGCCCUGUGAUAACACCCCGAUUAUUGACAACAUCACACCGGUUGUUGCCAGCAUCUCGACAGAGGAGAAACAGAAAUAUGAUGAGGAGAUUGCCAGUCUCUACAGACAGCUGGAUGAUAAGGAUGAUGAAAUCAAUCAGCAGAGCCAGUUGGCUGAAAAACUAAAGCAACAAAUGUUGGAUCAAGAGGAGCUUUUGGCCUCCACUAGGAGAGACUAUGAGAAGAUUCAAGAGGAGCUGACCCGUCUUCAGAUUGAGAACGAAGCAGCAAAAGACGAAGUGAAAGAGGUCCUUCAAGCCCUGGAAGAAUUAGCUGUCAAUUAUGACCAGAAAUCCCAAGAAGUGGAGGACAAAACAAGAGCCAACGAGCAGCUGGCUGACGAGCUGGCACAGAAGAGUAGUGCCCUGACAGCAACCCAGCGGGAGCUGGGCCAGUUGCAGGAGCUCAGUAACCAUCAGAAGAAGAGAGCUACAGAAAUCUUGAACUUGCUGCUUAAGGACCUGGGAGAGAUCGGAGGAAUCAUUGGUACUAACGAUGUUAAAACAUUAGCAGAUGUGAACGGGGUGAUUGAGGAGGAGUUCACCAUGGCACGGCUUUACAUCAGCAAGAUGAAGUCUGAGGUGAAGUCUCUGGUGAACCGCAGCAAGCAGUUGGAGAGCGCCCAGAUAGACUCCAACAGGAAGAUGAACGCCAGCGAGAGGGAGCUUGCAGCUUGCCAGCUCCUCAUUUCACAACAUGAAGCAAAGAUCAAGUCCCUUACAGACUACAUGCAAAAUAUGGAGCAGAAGAGAAGGCAGCUGGAAGAGUCACAGGACUCUCUCAAUGAAGAACUUGCCAAGUUACGUGCUCAAGAAAAAAUGCACGAAGUCAGUUUCAAGGAUAAGGAGAAGGAGCAUCUCACCCGGCUUCAGGAUGCAGAGGAGAUGAAGAAGGCACUGGAGCAGCAGAUGGAGAGUCACAGGGAAGCCCACCAGAAGCAGCUGUCCAGGCUGAGGGAUGAAAUUGAAGAGAAGCAGAAAAUAAUCGAUGAAAUCAGGGAUAUGAAUCAGAAGCUGCAACUGGAACAAGAGAAACUGAGUGCUGAUUAUGAUAAAUUAAAAAUUGAGGACCAGGAAAGAGAAAUGAAACUGGAAAAUCUCAUACUGCUUAAUGAUAAAAGGGAACAAGCAAGAGAAGAUCUUAAGGGGCUGGAGGAAACAGUGGCAAGAGAACUUCAGACUCUUCACAACCUACGCAAACUGUUUGUGCAAGAUCUCACCACCCGCGUUAAAAAAAGCGUUGAACUUGACAGCGACGACGCAGGCGGAAGUGCUGCGCAGAAGCAGAAAAUUUCCUUUCUUGAGAACAACCUGGAACAGCUUACAAAGGUUCACAAACAGUUGGUACGUGAUAAUGCAGAUCUUCGUUGUGAGCUUCCUAAGCUGGAAAAACGACUUAGAGCUACGGCAGAGAGAGUUAAGGCCCUGGAGAGCGCACUGAAGGAGGCCAAGGAGAACGCCAUGCGAGACCGCAAACGGUACCAGCAGGAGGUGGAUCGCAUUAAGGAGGCUGUGAGAGCCAAAAACAUGGCACGGAGAGCACACUCUGCUCAAAUUGCCAAGCCCAUCCGCCCUGGUCAUUACCCAGCGUCUUCUCCGACGGCUGUCCAUGCCAUCCGAGGGGGAGGGAUGUCAAACUCCAGCUACUAUCACAACACCAAAUAGACGAGAAGUAAGACCAAAGUAACUUACUCAUCUGCUCUUUCGCUGGUCGCCCAGUUUCCUUAUAUUUCAGUCUUGCUUUUAGAAGACCCACAGUAUUUUUUUUCUAGUUUUAGUAGGAGUUGUUUGCUGGUAAUUUAAAUGUGAAAAUUAGUAAUUUAAGUGAGGAGUGCCUUGUUAGAAUGCUUUGCAAGCUGCUGAUGAGUCUUUUAAUGACUUACCGCUUAAAACUUUUUUAAUAAACUAAAAUGCUCUGGUAAAUCUGUACUGAAAUUCACACAUAGAGGUGUGAAAUUCAUGUAGUAAAAAUAGAGUUCCA